AUGGCGAAUCAGGCGGGUACGAAGCUUGCGGCGCAGGAGCGCCUUUCUCAGGUUACGGACCAUCUGGGAGCGUCAGAGGUUGAUAUCCCUCGGGGCAAGGAAGCGCUGUUUGAGAAGCACCCGGACGACAUCGUCGUAACCUGCGCGCUCCGCACAGCCAUCACCAAAGGCGGCCGCGGCGGCUUCAAAGACACCCCCGCGGCGGACCUGCUCGCCGGCGCGUUCAAAGCGCUCAUCGAACGCUCCAAGAUCGACCCCGCCCUCGUCGAGGACAUCGCCGUCGGCUCCGUGCUGCCGCCCGGUGGCGGCGCGACCGAGUUCCGCGCUGCGGCUCUCGUGGCGGGCUUCCCGACUAGCAGCGCGGUCAAGAGCUUGAACCGCCAGUGUAGCUCGGGCUUGCAGGCGUGCGUGGAUGUCGCGAAUGCGAUUCGUAGCGGGAUGAUUGAUAUCGGUGUGGGCGCGGGCGUGGAGAGCAUGAGUAGCCAGUAUGGGCCCGGCGCCGUGACCGAGUUCUCCGAGCUGUUGGACUCGGUCCCCGAGGCAAAGAACUGCAAGGUUCCCAUGGGGGUGCUGUCGGAGCAAAUGGCGAAAGACAAGCACAUCCCACGCACCAAGCAAGACGCGUUCGCCGCAUCAUCAUACCACAAAGCGCUGGCAGCACAGAAAGCGGGUCUCUUCGACGAGGAAAUCGCACCGCUGACCGUCGGCUGGGAGGACCCGAAGACAGAGGAGAAGAAGACCAUCACAGUGGGCCGCGACGACGGCGUGCGCGAGGGUAUCACGGCCGAGAGCCUGGGCAAGAUCAAGCCCGCCUUCGCCAAGGACGGCAGCAUCCACGCGGGCAACGCGUCGCAGAUCUCGGACGGGGCGGCCGCCGUGCUGCUCAUGAAGCGCAGCACGGCGCUGCGGCUGGGCCAGCACAUCCUGGGCAAGUUCGUGCAGGCGACGGCCGUGGGCGUGCCGCCUCUGCUCAUGGGCGUGGGCCCGGCGGCCGCCAUCCCCGCUGUCCUGAAGAAGGCGGGCAUCACGAGCGACGACGUCGACGUCUUUGAGAUCAACGAGGCGUUCGCUAGCCAGUGCGUUUACUGCGUCGAGGAGCUGGGCAUCGAUCUCAACAAGGUCAAUCCCAAGGGCGGCGCGAUUGCGUUUGGGCACCCGUUGGGCUGCACCGGUGCGAGGCAGGUGAGUACGCUGCUGUAUGAGCUCAGGCGCAGGAAGGAGCGGAUUGGUAUCUCGAGCAUGUGUGUGGGCACGGGAAUGGGCAUGGCUGCUGUGUGGGUGGCGGAGUAG